CUCGGUCUGCACCAAUCCGUUUCACCCGCCCUUUUUUGUGUUGGCCCCCACUCAAUUCUGCGCCGAGGCGUUCCGCCGCUGGUUCGAGUGGACAAGGAGGCCCUUCUUCUCGUUCAUGUACGUUUCUGUGGUCUCUACUCAGCGAAUAUCGAACACCGUACCCCCCGGCUCCCUUUCUCGUCCCAGCUUCAGGACGAAGUGCCCUACCUACAUUGUACAUGUGCAACGCGACACAGACCUUUGCAGCCUCAACUUACUCCGCGGCCUCCGCCGAAACUGGCGCCAGAGCCCUCUUCCGCCACGCCCGCUGUGCAAGUGACGCGUUCCGCCGCGCAGCCUCAAUGCGUUACCGCCCACGGCAUGAUCGGUCGGCCGUCACUCGCAGCUAGUUGCCCGCACCGCCGAUGCGGCUCUAUUCUCUCCACGACCACGGGGACCAGUCUCGGCCCCAAGCUCAUCCUGGCCCGCUGUGCAACGAGACACAAAGGCGCGGUGGCUUCGGUACUUGGCUAG